AUGUCCCGACGACGCAGAAAUACGACACGCAGAAAUGCGUGCACGAUGAAACGACGCUUGGUUCGACAGGAGCUGGGGGAGUUCAUGGAGAAGUAUGAUCUUGACGGAGUGGACUACAACUGGAAAUAUCCUGGCUACCGCUUUGGACAAGGCUACUUAGCCGAAAGCGAGGUGAAGGCUGAUUAUGAAGGCCUUUCAAAGCUUGUGUUUGAGACCAGACAGAUGUACGUAGACAAAGGUUGGGCCAACAAGGCCAUCACCAUGGCGUACUACCCGGACAGUCGUCAGGAGCAGUUGCUUCGAGACCAUGGUAUUGCUGAGCCAGGCGCUUGGCAGAUGUACCUGAUGGAAUAG